GUGCAUCCAUCGCGUCUGUGAUUGAGGCUAAAUGUUAAUGCACGUAGUCUAGAUUGUAUCUGAAGCUACGGGAUAUCGACUUGAAACAGCAACGUAUUUUGCAGAUUUGCAGCACGUUUUAACCUGGUUGAUCCCAGAAGCUCGAGAACAAAAUGAGUGCCCAAGAGAAAGAAGAUAGCUCGCAAUUUCGCUGCACGCUGUGUAACUUCACGGCAACCUCUAAAGGCGAGAUUGGCAAUCACUUUCUGACAGAUCACAUGGAAGCCUACGUGUCUCCAGUCAAAGAGGAAGACAAAUCUGGGAGCACCACGGACUCCAAGGGACCAGGCAGUGAUAGAGGCAUAGAUAAAGAAACAGAUGAGGAGAGGGACGAACACGAUGAGAGGGAUAAGGACUAUGUAGAUCUGUUUGAAGAAGUAGAAGAGAAGAAACCAGCACCAAGACCAAGGGGGCGUCCGCCUGGUCGCUCGACCGGGCGCCCAGUGGGGCGUCCACCGAAAAAGAGUACCCAGAAACCUAUCAAAAAACAACCAUACUAUUAUAUAGAGGAGAUAGAUGACAUAAAGGAGGAAGAGCCGGAAGAACCACAGGAAUUCGGGCGAGGAAUGAGGAGAAGGAAAAAGGCAAUUCCAAGGCAUAUUUUGCGAUACGAAUUGGAUGAAGAUGAAUCUAUGGACGAUGAAGAUUACGAUGAGACCGAAAAGAAGAAGGUUCUACCGAAAAAAAGAACCCCAUCUUUCCCUUCUGUAGAACUGAAGCCAAGGGGGAAAAGAGGAAGACCCAGGGGGAGUACGUCGCAGGAGAGGAGCAAGCAAGAUUUCGAGGGUCCAAAAAUCUCAAAGAAGGUUCCGACUUUGUCUAAAUUACCUUUGUCGAAUAAGGUGAUUGAGCGGAUUCUCGAUGACAGAGUAAAUGAAUGGUACUCGACGUUCCAGGAGAGACACGUGUUGCCGAUUCCUUGCCCAUUCGAUGGGUGCGCACUUGACGUCACCCAGGCUGAACUCGAUGUCCACCUUCAAUGCCACGCAGCAAAUUUAGAAGGUUUCCGUUGUCCCAUUGAGGAGUGUAACUUCCUUUGCCCUCAUUGGUCUAAUAUGAGAGUUCAUUACCGUAAAGUGCACGAUCCAGCAUUUUACAGGUUACUCUGUGGUCUUCCUGGAUGUUCCAUGAUCUUCCCCCGCAUUGACAAGAAAUCCAUCUUUGUUCAUGUCACAAGAAAACAUCUUCGUCCUGUAUUGUAUGACGAGAUGUCGAGCAAGAAUUUUAACAAAGAGAAGUACGAAAAAUACAUUUUCGCUGUUAAGGCCGAAGAGGUGGAAUUGAACCAGGCUUUAGAAGAUACUGAAUGUGAUGAAGGGGAAGCAGAGACAUCACUCGGAGAACCAUCUGACGCUAUGCAUGUAGAGGAGAUGAGCGAGAUAGGGAAUACGGAAACGGUGUCUGAAUUCGACACCGAAUAUCCAAAGGUAAAGAGGCGAGGACGUCCUCCUGGAUCUACCAAAGCUGCUAAAUUGGCGAGAAUCGCUGCAGGGGAAAUAAUCGAGAAGAAAGAUAAGAAAGACAAGAAAGACAAGAAAGGGAAAGGCAAGCGCUCGUUCAAUAGAGUCAUGAACAAUGUUUCCUUUUUCUGCGACCUGUGUGGAGGAAAAUACAAAUCUGAACAAGCCGUCUUCGACCACAAAACCCUCCAUUACCGCGACGAUGACUGCAACGUCCUAUGCUGCACAGAAUGUACAGAAUUCACUGCCGAGGAUUCUUCUGAGCUUCGAGAUCACGUUGUUUCAUGUCACAAGAGACUCCUGCAUCUUCAUCGCUGUGACCUCUGCCAGUUUUCAACGAAUCGAUUCCAUGAUCUCAAGAAGCACAUUCUAGUUCAUUCGGGCAGUAAGGACUACAUGUGCGAUAAAUGUGGCACAUGUACUACCACAGCCUACAAUCUUCGAGUGCAUUGGCGUCGCUACCAUGCCCCUGAUUCAGAAAAGACUGUCAAGUGCUUCGCGUGUGACUAUGUCUGUGCUGACAACGGAAUUUUAAAGGAGCAUAUUAGGUCUAAACACGGUAUGAUGGUGUAUGGCAAGGACUUCAAUAAUGCCCGUCCACUGCCGACGUAUUCUUGCACAGAAUGUGACUACGUAGGUCGCAAGAAAUCAAGUCUUGACUACCACAUGCGUAUCCACACUGAGAACCGACAGUUCAAGUGCCACAUCUGCCCUUACGCCAGUAAGACCAAGAACAACCUCUUGCUUCAUAUACGGACACACGAAGGGAUGCAGCCGCUAAAGUGUCCCGAAUGUGACUUCAGAGGUGCAACCAACAAGAUCAUAUCGGAGCAUGUGAUGUGCAAACAUGCUCGAGUUCGUCCUUACACUUGCAAAAUAUGUGGCUGGACGUCGUCUUACCACGGCAAUAUGUGGAAGCACGUAGAGACGCAUCGUCGUGAGCUGGGUGACGCAAUGCCUGAAGAACCGGUCAGUGUCAUCUCUACGGAAGGACAUAUGGUUGCCGCUCCACUCAAGGCACCGACGUUGAAGAAGCGAGGGGGAGGUGGAUCUACGUCACCAUCUGGCAGUGCGGCGAAGACGCCAAAGAUGAGAGGGAAGCGACACAAUCGUCCCCGCUUCGAGGAGAUGGAAGUUACGGUCGAGACCCAGGUGCACGACGGGCAGGAUGACAGCAUGAAGGAAGGUGUAGUUAUUCAGCUCCCAGUGUCCACUGUUCUGGACGGCCAGACAAUUACCCUUGCAGAAGGCAUCAGUGAAGAAGCUGCGAUGGGAGCAUCGGCUCUGAGUCGCCUAUCACAAGGGGGUGAGAUCACCGUCCGCGAGGUUCAUUUCUUGCAAGGUGGAGACAACCAGCAACAGCAACACGAGAUGAUCACCUACAAUGUACCCCCUGUCGCAGUUACCCAGCAAAUCAUCGCAGGUGGGGACAUGAGUCAUGUGAUCAGUGAAGCGCAGUAUCAUCAACAACAUCAGCAGCAUCAGCAGUCGCAGGAGCACGAAGUGGAACAUCAUUACGUUGAGGCGGGUCUGCAGACCGUUCAGGUGGUCACCACACAGCAAGAUAGUGGGGUUCCUCGAGCCGUAACGGAGCAGGUAGUGCACGCGAUACCGCAUCAGCAAGACCACCACCAAGAACAUCACCAGGAUCCCCGGGUUGUCGAGCAACACCGCGAAGAACCUGUCGUACAUCAGCUCAUUCCCAUGACCCUUCCUCAUGAAGCCGAGCUAGUGAUGAGUAUGAUGCAGGCACACCAGGCCAGUAUCUCUCAAGCGCAGUAACUACCAAGUUGGAACAACAGUUGGGAUGAUGUUCAUGACCCCUUGCACACUUAUAAUGCCCGUUUAAGAUUCCAACACAGACUAGUGUCGAAAAAAUUGUUUAGUAACUAUUUUGAUUGAAAAUUACAUAAUAAUUUACCACCGAGAUUGAAAUAUUGUAAUCAGUGUCCUGCCCCGUGCUCCUACUUAACCAUCCUCAAAUAAAAAUGCUUUUAUCAGGGGGUGUUUCAUAAAGAUGUUCGGAAGUUAAGAGCGAGUUUAAACACGACUUGUGAGCCUUUCUUUUACACUAACCACCGCCAAUGAACAUUUUGAAGUACACCGUUUACCACAAGAAUGGAUCAUCAGUAAUUCUUAAAGUCGUUCUUAACUUACGAGUAGCUUUAUGAAAUACCCACCGGGUGUAUGAUGGUAAAUGAUUUUAUUUACUAUUGAUCGGUCAAUCAAAGUUUAUUUAUUAAUGUAUUAAUAAAUCAACACUAAAAGUGUUGAUUUCCUCAUUCAUUCAUUAAAAAAACUUGAUAUUACAAGUAGGUUGGUAUUGCUUUCCAAUGAGUAAUGGGUUUAUUGAUUGGGCAUUUCUUUAUUAAGGUGAUUUUUGAAAUAUCAGUGGUAUGGGACUAUUGCGAAAUCGAUUUGUCGUACAUUUGUAUUGUUGAUAUCUAGGAGUAUGUCGGAGAUUGAUGGUAAAGUUUUUUGGAGGAGGUAACAGGUAAUGAAUUUUUUUCUCUCUAUCAAGAGAAUGAAUUGAUUUUUUUAUAUAGAUUUAUUUAUUCAUUUAUUUAAUGGCCAUAUGGGCUGUACUUUUUUGGCAGGAACUAUUAUUAUUUUUUUUUUUGAAAUAAUAAAUUCCUCUCUUCCAUGAAAGUAUCUCAAGAUAUUCAUGCUGUUCAUAGUUUCACUUCAGAAAUAUUGAUAAUAUUUUUCGUCCGGGGCUGUCAUUUACAUUUAUACAUGUAUGUGUAUUUUAUUCAAAAUUAAUUGUUUUUCAUUCUUUUCCUCACAAAUUGGGCAAGUAAAGCAGGGACCGCGGUGAGGGGCGGGGGGAGGGGGGCUCAGCUGUUACCCACUUUUUUAGUAGACAUAUUAUGGCAAGGAGAGCCUUUACCCGUAUACCACUUUCAAAACCGUUCCGCGGUCCCUGAAAAGUUACCUACCGGUUUGUUCGUUCGGAUGAGUCGUACAAGUGAUUCUAUUCGUAUAUAAUUUUUAAUUUUGCACGAAGUAUGCAUCUUCAUCCUGUUACAUGCUGAAAAAUAACAUUAUAGGGGUGAUGUUUCGUUUCCAUUUUGAAAGGAAUUGAAAAGAAAACAAAAAUGUUUCCAUAGCCUCAAAUUGUUUUCAUGUUAACCUUUUCUUUGGCCGAUGUUUGAAUAACUUCAUAAUAGAGCAAUGCGGGGGGGGAGAAGCCUUUGAAUCGGUUUCAUGUACCAUUAUGUUCGUUCAGAAAACAAUAUGAUACAAUGCAUUCAUUGUUGUGCAUGUAUAUAGUGGCCGUACGUCUACUUGAAAAUUGAAAUACUAUCUGCAUAGGAUGAAGACAGGAUUAAAGAAAAAAUACUUGUGAAAAAGAAGAAAAUGAUAGGGAAAAUAGGAAAAGAAAAGAAUUAAAGUACUGUUUGUAUUUGGCGUGCGCCGAAAAGUAAUCAAAAGUAUCACAAAAGAAAUGUAUUAUGUGAUAUAUCAUAAACGCGACUCUUCCAAUUUCAAGAAUCAUUUUUCAAGUUCUUAUUUGUACAGUAAAUUUGUUCAUAAUUUUCGGCAUUGAGUUAUUUCUUCAAUCUGACUUUGUAAUUUUCAUAUAGCAAUGAUUUUUCCAUAUCAACAGUUUGUUCACAUGACGUUUUCUCAUAUUUUGUAUUAUUAUUAACUUUUUGUAUUUAUUUAUUUGUUUUUUAAACUCAAGUUAGUAAUGUAUUGUCGUUACUUUAAGGUCAUAGACCUACUGAAUUUCAUGUUUUGUUUUCCAAAGCUACAUUAUACUGAUGAAACAAUAAAAAGUGUUCAUACUUGCUUUUCCACCGGA